AUGAAUCACGACCUGGACGGAGCCCUCCGACUGGCGACCUUGCACCGAAGAUCUGAGCAAGACAACAGGGCGGCCACCUGUCCUCGACAAGUCACGCCUGCAGGCUGGGACAGCGCUAGGUCGCACGAUAGGCGCCGGCAGGCAAAUCCCAGCCGAUCUCAGCUGACAUGGGGCUGGGCAGAUCUGGCGACCGUCCAAUCAGCGGGGUCCGGCCCGAUUGGACGGUUCCGCCUGCACACUUCAUCGCCGACAACCGCGGUGAAGAAACUGCCUGAUCCAGCCACGCAGUACAUGAGACUGCAGUGCUCUGUAGAAGGAAUGAAAAUUCGAGGAAAUUCGCAAAAACCUCCCUUACUGAUGGCUAACUUCAAGCAAGGAUUCGGUAAAGACACUUCUUCGGCUGUUUUCCCUACAGAGUAG